AUGCAAUUUGUUGCGGGGCAUGCUGCCAUUAACAGUAUGGGAUAUUCUAUAAGCAAAUUGGAGAUAGAUUCCGGACUUCUUGAUGGUUCGAGUUCUAAUAAUGAAGUUGAGGGUAGUUCUCAGUCCAAAAGUUCGUUGAAUUGUUUGGAUCAUGAAAUUGCUCAGCUCACAAAGCUUAGAUCAGGACCCCAUGAGAAUUUGAGUCGUGUUCUGCCAGGGAAGCGUGAGCUUCCUGUUUCAACUACGAAAAUGUUGGCAGGUCGAGAAGCAAAUUUUUCGGGAAGAGGGAGGUUCACAUCAGGAGAUUGUCGUCACAUUCUCAGUAAGUACUUGCCAGUUAACGGUCCUUGGGUUGUGGACCAGAUGUCAACUAGGGCUUAUGUGUCGCAGUUUUCUGUUGAUGGUUCACUUUUUGUUGCUGCAUUUCAGGGAAGCCACAUUAGAAUAUAUGAUGUGGAUAGGGGGUGGAAAGUUCAGAAGAACAUUCUUGCCAGAAGCUUGAGAUGGACAGUUACUGACACGUCUCUUUCACCAAAUCAACAAUAUCUUGUCUAUGCUACCAUGUCACCAAUUGUUAAUAUUGUUAAUGUUGGAUCUACUACAACGGCAUCUCUAGCAAACAUCACGGAAAUCCAUGAUGGUUUGGAUUUCUCUGCUGCCGAUGAUGGGGGAUAUUCUUUUGGAAUCUUCUCCUUGAAAUUCUCAACUGAUGGUCGAGAAAUUGUAGCUGGAAGUAGUGAUGAUGCCAUAUAUGUUUAUGAUCUCGAAGCAAAUAAACUCUCUCUACGGAUUCAAGCACACACGUCUGAUGUCAACACGGUAUGUUUUGCUGAUGAAGGUGGCCAUCUUAUUUAUUCUGGGAGCGACGACAAUUUCUGCAAGGUUUGGGACAGACGCUGCUUCAAAGUCAAAGGCAAGCCAGCAGGGGUCCUAAUGGGCCACCUCGAGGGUGUUACAUUUCUUGAUAGUCGUGGAGAUGGCCGUUAUUUUAUUUCCAAUGGUAAAGAUCAGGCAAUCAAACUCUGGGAUAUAAGGAAAAUGUCAUCCAAUACUAAUUGCUAUCAAGGACACAGGAAUUAUGAAUGGGAUUACAGAUGGAUGGACUACCCUCCUCAGGCAAGAACCUUGAAGCACCCAUAUGAUCAAUCAAUAGCUACUUACAAAGGUCAUUCAGUCUUGCGUACUCUCAUCCGGUGCUACUUCUCCCCAGAGUAUAGCACUGGCCAGAAGUAUAUCUACACUGGAUCUCAUGAUUCGUGCAUCUAUAUUUAUGAUUUGGUAACCGGGGCCCAAGUUGCGAAGCUACAGCACCAUAAAUCAACUGUCAGAGAUUGCAGUUGGCACCCUACGUAUCCGAUGCUUGUUAGCUCUUCUUGGGAUGGGGACAUUGUCAAAUGGGAAUUCCCUGGUAACGAAGAGACACCAGCCCCUACAAGCAAGAAGAAACACCGAAGGAGACAUUUUUAUUAA